AUGCCCCCAGACGGCCCCGCAGCCUACACCCUCAUGGUCGCAGGUCGCCGCACAGGCAAGACCUCCUUCCUCCGCCUCCUCCUCGACUCCAGCAACGUCGCCUCCACCGUCUCCCGCGACCAGCUCGCCUCCGUCGCAAAGUUCGUUCAGGGCUCCUCCGCCCACACUCCGCAUGUCCGGUCCGUCUCACUCGACAUUGACCUGGCGCCCGACGACCUCGACGCCGAGCACCCCCUUGCCCUCACCCUCAUCGACACCCCCUCGCUCAACCCGGAGGACGACCCCGACUGUCAGAGGACGCUGCAGGAGAUCCUCCGCCAUGUGGAGAGACGGCUGGGCGAUGGCUUGGACUCCGACCGCCAAACCCUCGCCUCCGACCCACUUGUACAUUUAUGCAUCUACUUCCUCGACCCGGACUUCAUAGUACCACCACCCGUCCCGGCUCCCCCCAUCUCCAUUGUACCCCGUGCACGUACCAACAGUCUUUCUACUCAUGAGCACGACCCUGUCAUCCUAGAGCCCUCCGUGGCCAACCCCAUGCUAUCGCGGCCCAUACUCCCCCAGGCUGACAUUGCCGCCAUCCGCCGCCUCUCCGCGCGCGUAAACGUGCUGCCCGUAGUCGCCCGUGCCGACACUCUGACCUUGGACCGUCUCACCGCGGUGAAGAUGGCGGUCCGCAGAGAUCUCGCCGAAGCGGGCAUCGGGUUUGGUAUCUUCGACCUCGACAUCCCGCUCUACGCCCAACUAGAGUCCACCGUCGCGAGGGCCAAAUCCGAACACGGCUACAUGAAGCACAUGAACGGCUCUCCCUCCGGCUCCACGCCCGCCACGCCCACUCUCCGUCUGCCCUUCGCGCUCAUCUCGCCAGAUAUGUAUUCGCACAGCGACGGAGUCGCGCGAGCACCGUUGUCUCGUCAUGAACUCGCACAGCUCUACGUUCCUUCCAAGCACCUCGUCAACCAAAAUCAGGCACCACCCAAAAUCAUGCCCGGCAAGUUUCUCCGGGUAUACCGCUGGGGCUCGCUCGACGUCAUGGACGCGAGCCACUCCGAGUUCCUGCACCUCCGGGGCGCCGUGUUACACCACAUGGAGACCCUGCAAAAGUACACGCGCGAGUACCUGCUCGAGAAGUUCAGGGCUGAGGUGCAGCCUGUCUCGCCUCCGCAUGCCCGCCAACCGGUAGCGGUCGCGACCCGGCUGCCUCCCAUGCGGGCCACACGCCCCACGCUGGCGAUCGACACUGCGCCACCACACGCCAACGGUAACGGACACAUACCGCUUCAGCAUCAGCAGCAGCAACAACAGCAACAACAGCAGCCACAGCCACAGCAUCAACAGCGAUCUGCAAUGGUAGACGAGCCCAUGUCGGCGCACGUCUUGUCAGCCGCGGGUCUGCACGACCUCUCGCCGAAAACGUCGACCUCUUCCCGGUCCCAGCGUCAACGGACGAAGAAGAUUCCGGUUGCGUGCAACUUCUGCCGCUCCCGGAAGCUACGGUGCGACGGGGGCAGGCCUGCGUGCGGCCAGUGCUUCAAGCGGUCGAACCCGUGCGACUACACGGCGAGCAGCAAGCGACGGAGCACGGGCAAGCCGCGGAAGCAGUACGGGAGUGAAAGCGAGGGUGACAGCGUCGAGGACGAGCAGGGCAUGUUCGAUCAUCCCUCCCACUCCCCGUCCCUCGCUUCCUCCGCGCCGCACUCCCGAAGAAGCUCCAACGUGGGCAUGCUUCUCACGGACGCCCUUCCCCCGCUCAAUCCCGCGCCUGACCCACGCGACGCCCCUCCCGCCGUUCUCCCCCCGAUCAAUGGUUCGAUGGCCUACGGCCCAGCCGGUGCGCGCAGGCCAUCCUUGGGCACGGAGCUCCCACCCAUCGCCACCCUCGCACCCCCGCCUGGCCCCUCUGACGACGGCAUGUCGCUCGCCUCCCUCGACACCAGCGAGGGCUCAGGCCCCCGCCGCCGCACCUCCUCCGCCUCGUCCAGCAUGGUCUCUGGGCGCGGCAGCCGUGGGGGAGGCUCCAAGAUCGUCGCCUGCAACUUCUGUCGAGCCCGGAAGACUCGGUGCGAUGGUGCGCACCCCACGUGCGGCAGCUGCCAUCGUCGAAACGUGCAGUGCAACUACGUCAACGACGCGGCCGCCAAGGCGCGCUCUCGCUCCUCUGGCAGCGGCGGAACGCCUCCCGACAUCUCAGCGUCGAACUCGUCGCGCUCGUCUCCCGUCUCGGUCUCGAUCGGGACGCCCAGCCUGCCCGACGCCUCGAACUCGCUCAUGCGUAGACUUGGGGCCCUCGACCCCGACAUGCUCCCCAACCCGGCCAAGAAGAUGCGGUUGGAGAUGAGCGCGCCGUCGAUCGCCGUGCUCAAUGGAGCAUAG